AUGUCCGGAAGUGCUUCUGUGCAUCCGCAGAGUCCUGUCGUAGCUGAUAACGCACUUGGGCAAUCAGCUUCGUCAUCCUCUACUCCCCUUAGCAAACGCCAGAAAAGAAAGUUAAAAUUGAAGGAAAAGUUGCAAGCCAUGGAGCAACUUAACACACUCAUCCACCGCCGCGGCGUUGCAAAAGCACAAGUGAAGGUUUAUUCACGUAAGCUAGAAGCUGCUUACAAAGAGUAUCAGGCUAUACAUGAUCUGAUAAUGACGCUAAUUAGUGACGAUGAUCGUGAGUCGCAUGACGAACACUAUGAAACAUUCGAUAACCUCUACGACGAAGUAUCCAUAUUGCUCGAAGAGCAAAUUGCUAGAAUCAAUUGUGGUUCUCAAGUUGCAAACGUAAAUGCCAGUCAACUGCAUGCCGUAGCAGUUCCGCAGGCAACCGUUGUGGUCCAGCAGUCCCUCCGAAUGCCAAUUCCCACGUUCGAUGGCCGAUACGAAAGAUGGCCAAAAUUUAAGGCAAUGUUCAAGGAUUUAGUUGAUAAAACCCCCGACCCACCUGCUGUAAAACUUUACCACCUUGAUAAGUCAUUGGUGGGUGAUGCAGCCGGUUUAAUCGAUGCCAAAACCAUUAAUGAAGGCCACUAUGCUCAUGCCUGGAAGAUGCUAGAAGAAAGAUACGAGAAUAAGCGCCAUUCAAUUGAUACCCAUAUACACGGACUGCUCAACCUCAAACGGAUGUCAAAAGAAAACCACAGUGAAUUGAGACACCUGGUGGAUGAGUGUUCCCGACACGUAGCAAGCCUCAAAUUCCUUCAGCAAGAGUUUACCGGGGUAUCCGAGCAGAUUUUUGUCCAUCUGCUAGCAAAUUCCUUGGAUAAGGAAACCAGAAGACGUUGGGAAUCAACCAUUGCUCAUGGCCAGUUACCAAAUUACGCUGAUACCCUAAAGUUUCUGAAAGAUCAAUGCUUCGUUUUUGAACGCUGUGAAGUAUCUAAGUUACCUCCAAAGGUUAAGUGCGACUUUUGCGGAAAAGGACAUCCAAAUUUUACCUGUUCCGAGUUUAAGUCACUUUCCGUACCGCAACGAUUAAAGAAGGUACGCGAGAAAAACGUUUGCUUCAAUUGUUUAAGAAAAGGUCAUCACAGUAGUAAUUGCCAAUCUGCCAAAUUCUGCACAAAGUGCAAACGUCGCCAUCAUAGUCUGCUCCAUUUAGAGGAGCAGCGAUCAGCAAACGAACAGGAACCAUCACCUAAACCAGAACUCCCUGCUCAGCAGGAAAAAGAGCAGCAACCUCCACAAGUAACUAGCGCCACCUGGUCAUCCGUAAAAACUAGACCGCUGCAGCAAGUAUUAUUGCUGACAGCUGUAGUGGAUGUCAUCGAUAAAAAUAACAACCCCCGCCCCUGCAGAGUUUUACUUGACUCACCCUCCCAAGCAAACUUAGAAAUGAUGGAAAAAUUAGGCUUGAAGCAGAAUCCAUCCAAUAUAGUAGUGGCAGGCAUUAACAACAUAAAGAGCCAUUCGUUGGGUAGUUGCGUCCUCAAAAUCCGUUCCAGGUACUCUAAUUUUGAAGCCAACGUCAGUUGCUUGAUCACGGAUCAGGUUACGGCAGACUUGCCAUCUUCAAGCGUGGAAAUAAGUGCCAUGAAUUUGCCGUCCGGAGUACGUCUUGCAGAUCCACAAUUUUAUCAGAGUGGAAAAAUCGAUUUGUUGCUAGGAAACCAAUGGUUCCUCAAGUUACUGCUACCAGGUGAAAAUAUAUUAGCUGAUAAUUACCCUAUUCUGCGAGAAAUAAUGCUCGGCUGGGUCGUUGGUGGUUGCUGCGAUGUGAAUACGACAGCAGAACAGACAGUUUACUCACACUCCGUCACGGUGGAUGAUUUGAAUUCGUUGAUACAACGUUUUUGGGAGGUGGAAGAGGUGCAUUCUGCUUCUAAGGUUUGCACUGAAGAGCAAGAAUGUGAACUGCAUUUCCAAGCCACACAUCGUCGUGAUGCAACGGGUAGAUACGUAGGUCAACUGCCACUCCGCAACACGCUGGAUGAACUUGGGGACUCCAGACAAGUGGCCUUGAGAAGAUUUUAUGCUUUGGAAAAAAGACUUGCUCAGCAACCAGAAUUAAAGCAACAGUAUACAGAAUUCAUGGCUGAAUAUGAGGACCUUGGUCACUGUAAAGAAAUAGACGAAAAUAAGGACAUGCCGGGUAUUGUGAAAUGGUACCUACCUCACCAUGCCGUUUUAAAACCGUCGAAUACUACCACCAAAUGUCGGGUAGUGUUUGAUGCUUCAGCUAAGGUCUCUGGACGCUCCCUCAACGAUGUUUUAAAGGUAGGUGCUAUUAACCAGAGCGACCUGCAAUCCAUAGUCCUUCGUUUCCGUGAGCCAUGUUAUGUUUUGUCUGCCGACAUUACGAAGAUGUAUCGGCAAAUUAUCGUCGACGAGUGUCACACACCGUUACAACGUGUGUUCUGGAGAAUUGAUCCAUCGUGUCGCCUUCGUGUGCUUGAGCUGACUACCGUCACUUAUGGCACUGCAUCCGCUCCGUUUUUGGCUACAAGAGCUCUGCUACAGUUGGCAAUCGACGAGAGAGCCAAAUAUCCUAUGGCUGCUGACAUCAUCGAGAAGGAUUGCUACGUAGACAACGCAUUAUUCGGUUUCAAUGAUCUCAGCACGGCGUCCGCAGCACAAGAGCAGUUGGUCCAGCUGUUGUCCGCCGGUGGCUUUCACCUACAUAAGUGGUCGUCGAAUAGUCCCAAACUUUUGGGAAAGAUCCCUCAAUGUGACCGUGAGGAACUCGUCUGCAUCGGCGCAGAAGAAGCAAUCAAAACGUUGGGUUUGAUGUGGAACCCGGCGUCGGAUGAAUUAAUAUUUUCUUCGGCACCAUCGGAUGAUAAAAAGACGCCUACAAAGAGACACCUCUUGUCGGUAAUCGCACGUAUGUACGAUCCGCUUGGCUUAGUGGCACCGGUCAUCGUGAUCGGAAAACUCUUGAUGCCCAGAAUCUGGAAAGCAAAACUGAAUUGGGAUGAAGGUAUCACCGACUUGGUGUCUCGUGGUCAAUCCGCUGAUAAGUUAUUAAGUAAUGACCUUUGGUGGAUCGGUCCGAGAUUUUUACGAGACGAGAUGUACGAAAUAGAUUCUCCAGAGAAGUUAGAAAUGUGUGUCCGCUGUACAAGCAGUGGUUAA